UCCUUUCUCAACCACUUUGGUGACAUUCUCGUGACGCUUUUUAACUUUUUCUGAGAUUCAGCGCAUGUUUUGAGAAAUGGAACACGUCGAGUUUGACAUUUCAUGUGUUUACAAAAUCGAUAUCGCGUUUUUGUGGCAAAGUUUUAAAGAAUUUAAACUUAAUAUGCUGCUAAAGAGAAAUUUACUGGAAUCCUUGACUUUAUUCUGCUGCAGCGGCUCAUUUAUUUGUAUUCUCCUCAACUAUGUGACCGAUAUUUCGCCCAUAACCGGGAUUUGGUUUCCCAUUUACACCGUAUUUUUGUGUCUCGUAUCUUUAACCUGCAGUUUAAAGGUGAUUCAGUGGCUAAUAAGAUGUAAUAAGCCUCUGAAAUAUGACGUGGAUAAGGUAUUUAAGGAAUAUCCUUCUUUGAGUUUUUUAACGAGAGUUUUACCUGAGUUUCCUAAGCCAGUGCGUCCCCCGAAGUUCUCUGAAGAGUAUAAGGAAUAUGACACGAAUGAGCUCAGCGUCAUCUCCACGGUGCUCGAGAGGAGGCUGGUGUCCUCGUGGUAUGUGCCCUUCAUAUCGCAGGAGAUUGGGUUCCCGUUUGCGUGCAAGCAAAUGUUGGAUCAAAUGAUUGGGAAAGCUUUUCAGAUCUGCAACAAAAUAGAGACAAAAGAAGUGUGCAUAGACGCCACCUCCGUGCUGAUAAUGCACUUGAAAGAGUACAAGAAGGCUUUGAAAAGACAUGAAAAUAACCAAAACUCCACCGUAGAAUCUCUAUACAAGAAAACCCACCCAAUAUCUAAUGAUGAUAAAAAGAAAAUGCAGUCUGCAGACCACUGCAUUCUCAUACUCAGAAUAAUAUUCAAAGAACUUGUUCCAUGGGAGUUAUGGGACACACCACAUUCAGAGUUACUUAUUCGUAUUUUAUCCAAAAAGCUUGACAUUUUUAUUGAUAGCACCAUAGCUGAUCCCAUCUGGCUAAACAAUAAGCUACUGACUCUACUCUCUGAUACAAAAGCUGAGCCUGUAGAAAUGAAGGUAGUUAAAGAAGAAGUAAUAAAAACCACUGACAAACCAGAAGCUAUUCUUAAUCACCAGAACAAUGACUCACCACCAAAAGUAGAAGCUGAACCAAAGAAAGCUGAAGAAACAACAAUUGAAGGAGCAUUAUCAACGCUGAUUACUAAAACCACAGCGCCGAUACUCCACAGGGCAAUCAAAGAAGAGUUGCAGGAUGAUUCCAUAGACAAUGAUGUGGAGGUGGUGACACUGGAGGAUGCUCUGGAAGUGCCAGUGGAGGUGCAGGCGUCGCCGGUGAUGAGGCAGCGCCGGGGAAGGCAGGGGAAGAGCGAAGUGAAAAUCUAUGAUAGGAUUAUUGAGGGCAGUGUAAAGACCUGGGAAACAGACAUGGACCUGCAAUGCAUCAGCCUCGGCCAGGACUUGCUGGCCAGCCUCAACGAGGCCAGUCUAGACGUGGCGAGUCUUGACGUGGCCAGUCUAGACGAGGGGAGUCUAGACGAGGCGAGUCUGGGCGGGGAGCUGGUGCUGUCGCGGCUGUGGGGGGGCGAGGGGGAGGAGGCUGAGGCGAAGGGACGGAGGGCUAAUGCGCCGCCGCCGCUGUGGUUUGGCGAAGAAGACACAGUGGACAUAGAGCCCUCUAGAGAAACGAGUCCCAAAGACAAGAAGUCAAGUCCGAAGCCCACGGAGGUGCUGCUGAAAGACCUCCAGACCACGGUGCACCAGGCUAAGAGUAAAAUAGGCGACCUGCAGGUUGACACCCACACUCGUAGCGAGUCCAAACAACCCGGUGACGAAGCGGCGGGCAUGAUGGAAGGAUUGCUGGACCUCGGCAUCGCCGGGUUCAAGAAGGGACUGCGGUUCACCGGACUCAGUGAUGACCAUGCUCAGGAAAAAGACAAGUCCCCGUCUGGCAAAGACAAGAGCAACGAGAGUUCCCCCCCGCCGCGGGGGGAGCGGGAGGGGGGACACUACCAGGCGCUCAGCAACGGGGGACAUAAGGAAGACCCCCCCAGUAAUGGCGCCCCCCCUCUCACCAAACAACAGCGAGUGACGUCACAGGACAGCGUGCCAGUCUCUACACAGCCCAAGCGCUCACUACCCCCGUCCCCGCUCCCGGCGCGCUCGCCCCCCGCCGCCCCCGCAGCCCCCGCAGCCCUUGCGGCCCCCGUGGAGCCCCCGGACUCGCCCGAGCCCCAGUACGAAGAGGCGGCGGAUCUGUCCACUAGUAUUGCGAAACUGAGGAGUCUGUUGAGGCAGAGAGCUGAUGCUGAGUCUAGUACAUCUGAGGAGAGCAUCUGGUGGGAGGGCGCGGAGGAGACGCGCGGCCGCACGCUGCACCACAACAGCAAACCUGUGGACACUGCUUCACUCGCAGAUGAAUACGACAUGAACUCUGAACGCACAACUACUUCGCCGCAAUCCUCCAACAAUAUGCAGAGACUAGACAGGCUAUUCCAGCGCACAGUGACUGGCGUGUUUAACAGCCUGCGCACGGCGGUGGGGGCGGAGGGCGCGGAGGGGGCGGCAAGUGAAGGGGGCGCAGGGGCGCUGAGCAACUGGACCUAUGUGCCCGCCGCGUGUGACGUUAAUGUGUCGGGCGCGGUGGCGCGGCUGGUGGGCGCGCGGCGCGCGGGCUCGCACGUGGAGGCCGCGCUGGACUCACUGGACCAGUUGAUGGAGCCGCCGCACAAGCACCAUGAUGACUUGGAGGAAGGCGGCGCGGCGUGGCUGGCGGCGGCGGCGCUCGCCAGUGAAGCGUCUAUCGGGGGGUCUCACGUGGCUCACAGGUUGGCGACAGUGCUACUGGCUGACAUAUCCGAGUCCCUGAUCGAGGGCUGGCUAGCCGAGCUGUCCGGCUGGCUCAAGCGCCAAAUCUUCAGCACCUUCGAGCACAUGUCUGAUGAUGCAGAGCGGGGGAGGGAGGAGGCGCGCGCGGGGGACGCGGGGGGUGCGGCCGCCCUGGAUGUGAGGGAGACUUGCAGGGUUGUGCUGGAGCGAUUGCCGGCGCCCCUAUACCUCUUCGGCGAGGAGACGCUAACAAACGCAGUGACCCUCACAGUCUCAAGUCUCAGCCACAAGGACAUCAACAGAGACGUGGUGUUCAGAAUACUGGACCUGCUAGCGCUCAGGUUCCACAAGUCCGCCGGACUCAAGCAUCCCAGCUUUGAGAAUUAACCCCCGAAUUCACAGACCGUAUUCUUAGUUUACUACAAGGUUAAAAUUGACUUCGAAACACACUAGUUUCGACUCUUUACGUCGGUCAAAAAGUGGAAAUUUGUAUAUCACAAAGUUUUUUAAACCUAUUGUCAAAAGGCUCUAUGAAUCCGGGGGUAACAAUGUCUCUAGUCUAUGCUCUGUUGGUAAGUUUGUUUCUUUUUAUUGUUGUAUGACUUGUGCUUGUGAUGUUUUGUUUAUUUUUUGGGGGGAAGGAUUUUUAUUUAACAUUCAUUGUAUGUGGUAAAUGGUAUAUGGCUGGAUGUAGCAUCAUAACGGUCCAUAAGUUUUUGUGUUAUUUGUGGCAGAUUCUGAUACUCCAUACAGUGAUUGUUGCGUUAAAUAUUAUGAGAUGAUAUUUAAACCGGCCAGUAAUGAUGUGUUGUGUGGGAUUUAAUCCUCGUUAUUACUUGUGUUCAGUUUGAUCUUUUAAAUAAUAUAAAAGAUAUUUUGAUAUUGUUUAUAACAAUUAAGUAAUUAAAAUGUU